AUCAUGGAUUGGUUGUGCACCUCUAGGAGUGAGUCCGCGCCGACUCUAGAUGAACGUGAUGACCAGAGGCCCGAAUCCCCUAAUCCUAGCAGACUUGUUAUAGAUGAGUUAGGGAUGAGUGAUGAAGAGGUGGCUGCAUUUAAAAAGAAGAUUGGUGGGAAAUGGGGUAAGAAAAGGAAGGAAGAAUUUGAAGAUAUUUUCUCUGAUUAUGAAUCAGAAUCGGAUCAGCAAGGUAGCCCUGUUUAUGCUGAGUCAGGGGAGAGUAGUUCUGAUGACAGUGAAGGCAAUGGUGAUGGUGAUGCUGUUCAUGCUUCCGGUGAUGCAAAUGAACUUGGAGAGGGAGGCUUGACAAGUCAGGAAGGAGGUAAUGUUCCUUGUACUAGUACUUGAACAACUUGCUAUGGAAAAUCUUGGUCCACUAUUGAUCAACUUGCAAUGGAAAAUUUUGGUCCACUAUUGAUUAAUUUGUAUUCUCUUAUCAGCUGGUAAGGAUAAGGGAAUCCCUCUCCGUCCGAGCUCGAAAAGGAUGAAGAAACGUUCUGUCAAGACCUUGUACUGAAGCCUGAAAGUCAGAUUCGAGGGUCCAUGCAAAAUGAAUUGCUAUUUGCCUGGGUUUGAGCUUGUCUUUUCGUGUGCUUCUAAUAUUUAGGACCAUGGACUAUUCUAUGUAGUAAUUGUUGGUACUUGGAAUUGCAACUAUGGAUGGAGAC